AUGUGCGGGCGUGGGGCGCUCACUUUGUCCGGAGAUCGCUGCCGGAGAAUAGCCGGGGGGCGUGGCGGACAAACGAAAACACGCGGCUGCGAACGUCUCCGAACAAAGUACAACCUCGGGCCCAUGAACUACGUUCCGGUCGUUCGCACAGUGGAAGGGAGUGGGGCUCCGGAAGCUUCGCUGAGCCGAGAGGUUUGUGCCAUGCGCUGGGGCUUGGUCCCCUCAUUUGCCAAGCGCGCAGAGGACUUCGAUGCUUUCAAGGGUGGCAGCAGCACCUUCAAUGCACGCGUGGAAGGUGCAGAGAGCAGUAACCUGUGGCGUCGUCUACUCGAUAGACGACGCUGUGUCAUCCUUUUCGACGGCUUCUACGAAUGGAAGGCAAACGGGAAAUCAAAAACGCCCAUGUUCAUCCGAAACAGAGAUGAGUAUGACGGCCACACCAUACCAUGGUCUACCAAAGCAGACGAGGACCCCAAGAAGAUGGAAGAGUCUGACGAAAGCAAGACUGAGGGACCGGAGCACGCGCCUCUGUUUCUUGCGGGCCUCUACGAUGUUUGGCACCAGAAGGAUGAGGCCGAGGAGGCUUUGGAGUCUGUCACACUGCUCACAAUGGAUCCACAGCAUACGGCCAUGGAGAAGGUGCACGACCGGAUGCCCGUCUUCUUGACACCAGAGUGCGCCCUGCCCCCAAACUGGCUGGCUCUGCAAGCGCAUGCGGAACUGACAGCAAAAGAGAAAUGCGAAAACUGGUUUCUGGCCUACGGACUAUUUUGGAUCAGCUGUUUUGCAGUGAUCAUAGCUUGCGGCAUCUACGAGAACAUGAACAAGUGGCACUACCUCCUCGUCACUGGCGGCCUCGCCGCACCUUUGUGCUUGCAGCCGUUGUUCUUCCCAUCCCUGACAGGUGAGAAAGACCUACCAUUGCUGGAGCGGCACUGCACAAAGGCAAACGUGUGGAUCGCAAUCUACUCCUUUCUGGGAAACUAUUGGGGCACACAUUACUUCUACUGUGUGCUGAAAGCGAAGUACACCUUGCCAUUCCUUCCAGAUCAUCAGCUGAACAAAGUGCCGGUGUGCAUGUAUCUUGCCACGCACUUCUACUUCUGCUUUUACCAUGCGCUUGGAAAUAAAGUUAUGCGCUGGGUUUGGACACGUUAUCGACCUGGUGCCGCACGGACGACGUUCUGUGUGUCCGUCGUCUGUGUGAUGGCUUAUUGCACUGCCUUCCUCGAGACAUUUUCCAUCUCAGCAUUUCCUUACUACACCUUCGAUGAUCGCCAACAGAUGUACACAGUCGGUUCUGCUUUCUAUGCCCUCUACCUUGCCGUCUCCUUCCCGAUGUUCGCCAGACUGGACUGGAAGCCAGGCCCACACACCCUGACGGAGGCAUGCUUGGAAGCCCUUGCUACCUGGUCCAUCAUCCUCUCUCUUCUGGACUUUGUGCGCCUGGGGCUCGGCGUCGACUUUUACAUGAAAACAUGA